AUGCACAACCAAAAUUUAGAUUCUAUCAAAGUCAAAACCUUAGAAGAAAUACUACAAGAGAAAAGAAAUCGAUCUAGAUCAGACAGUGAAAAUAUUGCUGAGACAGAAGAUUCUCCAGGUAGCCAAUUCUUGACUGAUACCAUCAACUUCAUUACCAAGAACGUAACCUCCGACACUAAAGAUGAAACUACAUCUGCAGCUUUAGAGCUAGACGAAGGAGAGAUUAUUAGCAGCGGCGAAGAAAAUUUAAACCAUAUCGAUGAUACAAAACCUACCAAGCGAAAUCAUGCAAGUCAGAAUGAUGAAUUAGAUGAUUAUGAAGAGGGAGAAAUCAAGGAUAGAGACGAAGUUGAACGAAAAGAAGAAUUUGUGCCAGCCGCAGAUUCGUCUAUCAUUUCUAACCGGCAAAUAAGCACAACUAAAUUACCACCUUACCUUCCUGCCGUCCAGGGCUGUAGAAGUGUUGAAGCGUUUGAAUGGCUAAACAGAAUUGAAGAAGGUACUUAUGGAGUGGUUUAUCGAGCUAAGGACUUAAAAUCAGACGAAGUUGUUGCCUUAAAACGAUUAAAAAUGGAAAAAGAAAGAGAAGGUUUUCCGAUUACUUCCUUAAGGGAGAUUAAUACAUUAUUAAAAGCAGAUCAUCCGAAUAUUGUACACGUUAGAGAGAUAGUAGUUGGUAGCAAUAUGGAUAAGAUCUAUAUUGUAAUGGAGUACGUUGAACAUGACUUAAAGACUUUAAUGGAAUCGAUGUCACAACCUUUCAGCAUUAGUGAAGUGAAAUGCUUAAUGAAGCAGUUAUUAUCCGCUGUCCAACAUUUACAUGAUAACUGGAUCUUACAUCGUGACCUGAAAACUUCCAAUUUACUUCUCAGCCAUCAAGGCAUUUUAAAAGUUGGAGAUUUUGGUUUGGCUAGAGAGUAUGGAUCUCCUCUAAAAGUUUACACUUCUAUUGUGGUAACUUUAUGGUAUCGUUGCCCUGAACUACUUCUGGGUGUAAAGGAGUAUUCUACUGCUGUUGAUAUGUGGUCUGUUGGCUGUAUUUUUGGUGAAUUUCUCGUAAAGAAGCCAUUAUUUCCGGGAAAAUCAGAAAUUGAUCAGUUGAACAAGAUUUUUAAGGACUUAGGCACCCCUAAUGAUCAAAUAUGGUCUGGAUUUUCUGAAUUGCCAGUUGCAAAGAAGGUAACUUUUACGGAACAGCCGUACAACAGACUUAGAGAUAGAUUUGGAGCCUAUUUAACUGAUCAAGGAUUUGAUUUAUUAAAUAGAUUUUUGACUUACGAUCCGAAAAAGAGAAUAUCAGCCGAGGAUGCGCUCAAUCACGAAUAUUUUCAGCAAGAGCCCCGACCUCUAGAUCCCUCAAUGUUUCCAACCUGGCCCGCCAAAAGUGAACUGAUGAAACGCCCUAGUAAAGCUAAUCGAAGCCCGACCGCUCCGGAGGGAGGCGGCAUGUGUAAAAUUGCAGGCGCUGCAGAUGGUUUCAGAAUUACCUACGCUACGCAAGGAAAAGCUGCUGGUGGUGCUGGAUUUAAUCUCAAAUUUUAA